CUGGCGGUGAUCCUCUGGGCCACCGAGGCGAUACCCAUUGCGGUCGUCGGUGUCGUCGGUGUGGUGCUUCUGGUACUGGUGGGAGCCGUGCCCGACUUCGGAACGGCCCUCUACGGUUUCUCCCAGCCGGUGGCCUACUUCCUCGUCGGCAUCUUGACGCUGGGGCUAGCCGUGCAACGCUCGGGGCUGGCGCAACGCAUGGCGACAUAUCUGAUGCGGGGAGCCGGUGGCAGCCCGCGCCUGCUGUACGUGCAGAUGCUGUUCUCCUUCGCCGCGCUCACCUUUGCCCUGCCGUCGGCCAGUACCCGUGGGGCCAUCAUGGUCCACGUGUACGAGCAGGUGCUGCAGCACUGGAACGUACCGAGAGAACACCCGCUGUAUAAGGCCAUGAUGGUGGCCAUGGGCAGCCUCAACCGCCUCGGUUCCACCGCGCUGCUGGCCGGUGGGAUCACCCCGGUCGUGGCCUCUGGCCUCCUGGGCGACUUUUCCUGGACGCAGUGGUUCGUGCUGAUGAGCGUGCCUUUCUACGCCAAUCUGGUCGUGGGCGGGACCGUGUUGUUCGUGUUCUACCGGUCCGGCUUCCGCCUGGAUGACGCUGCUGUAGCCGCGUCCGUUUCGCUGGGCCGGAUGAGCCCAACCGAGAUGCGAGCCGCCGCCAUCGUCAUGCUGACCGCCCUGCUCUGGUUCACCGACUUUGCCCACGGCCUCCAUCCGGCGGUGCCCGCGCUCAUCGCCAUGUGCUUGAUCCUGCUCCCCCGGGUGGGCAUCCUCACCUGGAGCGAAUUCGAGCGGAACCUGGGCUGGUCCAACUUCUUCAUCAUCGCCUCGUCCCUUUCGCUGUCCCACACCCUGGUAACCACGGGCGCCGCGGCCUGGUUCUCGGAAACGCUGGUCGGAGGAGUAUCGCAGUUGACAUCCGCGCCCAUGCUGAUCCUGCUGGCGCUGUGCGUGUGUUUCGCCCUCCUGCGGAUGCUGCUGCCCAACAUCGCCGGCUACCUGGCGCUGGUGAUACCCGUGACGAUGGCCGCAGCCGAGUCCUUGGGCCUGGACCCGCUGAUCUUCCGGUUCGGGAUCACCAUGACCGUCAUCGCCGCCGUCGUGCUCCUGUUCCUGGUGAUCCCCUACUGGGGCCUGAUCGGGCACCCGCUGGUACCGCCGUAA